AUGCUGACCCGCCGUCUUGGAGUUGCUGUGGCUGUGCUUGGAGGUAGUGGUAGUCUCGCCAGUAGUCAACAGCUCUAUGCUGUUGGUGGCUCGGACGGCGAUCAAUCCUUGUCUAGUGUUGAAUAUCUGGAUCCUCGAGUAGGCUUUUGGCAGCGAUGUCCGAGCAUGGGAUUUCGGAGAAAGCAUCUGGGUGUGGCUGUGUAUAAUGGAUUGAUCUAUGCCGUUGGCGGUCGAGAUGAUGCUUCAGAACUAUCUUCAGUAGAAUGCUACGAUCCACGGGCUCAUGCUUGGUGCCCUAUGGUGGCAAUGACAUUACGGAGAAGUGGAGUAGGUUCCUUUUCGUUAUAUUCGCUUUUAUUGUCUCGAACCUUGUUAAUGUGUGUUCUCCAUUUAUUUACAUCUUUGUUUAAGAUUUUUGCCUCAAGGUACAUAAUUCCUACUAUCAUAUCAUUUCAUAAUGGGGCUAUCCAAAUUCAAAGUACGCAUAAUUUUCUUUUCGAAGCGUUUUACUCUUAUCACUUUAAUUUUGUUUCACCUUAA